ACUGUUUUCCCUCAGUUUGCUUCCGAAAGCACGCCAUGAGGCCCUCCGUUUUGGUGAUCUUCAUAGCCUUUCUUCUCUUUACUCCCUCACAAGCCCACCUCAAAUCCACAGAAUCAUCAUUCAUAUCCAUUCUCAUAUCCUCCCAAGGCCUUGAUUUCAUAAAAAACUUGCUCAUCACCAAGGCAAUUUCUUCACUCACACCCCUCCAACUCCCCCAGAUCAAAAAAUCUGUGCAAAUCCCAUUUUUGGGUCGCGUUGAUAUUGCCUUUUCCAACAUCACAAUAUAUCAUAUUGAUGUUUCCUCAUCGAAUAUUGCACCGGGCGAUACUGGUGUUGCUAUUAUUGCCUCAGGCACCACUUGUAAUUUGAGCAUGAAUUGGCAUUAUUCUUAUAAUACUUGGUUCGUGCCCGUCGAAAUUUCGGAUAGUGGGACCGCCCAAGUUCAGGUUGAAGGCAUGGAAGUGGGGCUUACUCUAGGCUUGGAGAACAGAGAAGGAAGUAUGAAGCUGUCCGCUAAGGACUGUGGUUGUUAUGUUGAAGAUAUCUCUAUAAAAUUGGAUGGAGGAGCAUCUUGGCUUUACCAAGGGGUGGUGGAUGCUUUUGAAGAGCAAAUAGGUUCGGCAGUGGAAAGUACCAUUACUAAGAAACUUAAAGAAGGAAUCAUAAAGCUUGAUUCCUUUCUGCAGGCUCUUCCAAAGGAAAUCCCAGUGGACGAUAUUGCUUCUCUGAAUGUGACUUUUGUGAAUGAUCCUUUAUUGAGUAAUUCUUCGAUUGGGUUUGACAUCAAUGGGUUAUUCACCAGAGCAAACGCUACUACCCUUCCCAAAUACUAUCAAAAUUCAAGACAUCCAGUUUCUUGCUCAGACCCAUCUAAAAUGCUUGGAAUUUCAUUGGACGAGGCUGUUCUUAACUCUGCAUCUGCCUUAUAUUUCAAUGCAGAGUUUAUGCAGUGGAUUGUGGACAAAGUACCUGAUCAGUCUCUUUUAAACACUGCUGGCUGGAGAUUUAUUGUUCCUCAACUGUACAAGAAAUACCCAAACGAUGAUAUGAAUAUGAAUAUUUCUUUAUCUACUCCUCCAGUGAUAAAGAUUUCCCCGAAUAAUGUUGAUGCUAUCGUCUAUGCAGACUUGAUAAUCGAUGUUUUGGAAUCUCAGGAAGUAAUACCAGUUGCAUGCAUUUCAUUGGUAAUUCAUGCCUCAGGUUCAGUAAAAAUUGCAGGGAAUAAUCUUGCUGGAAGUGUGAAAUUGAAUGACUUCACAAUGUCAUUAAAGUGGAGCAAAAUUGGUAACUUGCGCAUGUUUCUAAUUCAGCCAGUAAUAUGGACUCUCAUCGAAACUGUCUUCUUGCCAUACGUGAACAUCCACUUGGGGAAAGGAUUCCCUCUGCCUAUCAUUCAUGGAUUCACCCUUCAGAAUGCUGAAAUAAUCUGCUCCUACUCAAAAAUUACAGUCUGCAGCAAUGUUGCAUAUGAAGACCCACAGAAUCUUAAUCAGCUGCCAUUUCACUCAUACAGAAAUACUGUUUUGCUGUGAGAGCUGUUCUAGGAAAAGUUGCAGGGAUAGGAAAAGGAAACAAACAUACAAACAGACAUGGGUUUCUCCUCUUUGUACAAUGUGGUGCCACGUACAGGGUUUCUGGGGCAACCCUUCUACCACAACAAAUGAUGAAUAGGCAAUGUAACAUGCAACACAAUGUUCCAUGAGCAGCUUCUGCUCCUGUUCCUCCCCCUCACUGUGUGCCUACUUCUUCCCUUCUCAAUGUAUUUUACAUAAAUUUAAUUAAAUGUAAAUGAAUAAUGAUGUUGAGUUUAUGCAUUUCACUCUAGCAAGAAAAAGAAAACAAAAUUGUUUAGCUGUCAUUUGGAUA